UUUUCCUCCAAGGCAGAACCUGCAGUACAAUCAGUGGCCAGGAGGGAGCAUCCAAGAGCUUUGCUCACGCACGCUCUCACGCACGCCAACCCGUUCGUGAGUCCUGGUUGUUUUCAGACUUAAUGUGACAUUUUGAACAAAUGGAAUGAUCCUUAAAGCUAGUCUUCUCCUAAAUGUCAUCCAGGGUCCGGGCCCUGUUCGCGAGCAGGCCCGGUUUUGGUCCAGCCAUCUACUGAAGAUGCAUCGGUGAGCACGUGCCCCGCCCCCGGCCCUUGAGCGGGGCUGUGAUUGGUUGCCUCGCUUGUCCGUCCUCGCGCUGCAGGUUCGGUUGCUCUGCAGCGUCGGAUGCUCCAGUGAUGGGCGUUUGGGGGACGGGGGAGGGGGCGCCCUGACGUGGUUUAUUGUGGCACAACAAACCUGCGCUCCCACCUGCGCGUGGCAGGUUCCCCCCCGAAAGCCUCCCGGAGCCCCCCCCCCGAAAGGCAGCAGCUCGACCCCCCUGCGCCGCGGCUGCGCGUGACGCUCAGAGAACGUCGGUGUGAGUCGUUUCAUCCUCUGCGCGCGUGGCGGACGCUGGGAGGGGGGUGCACCCGCCGUGCGGACGAGGCUCCGCCCGGAGCGCGCGGAUGCUUUCCGGGACACAGCAGGACCGGAGCAGCCGUUUCUAACAUAACCCCCUCCCCUCCCCUCCACGGGGCUCGUUGAAUGACAGCUGACCCCCCCUCCUGGAUCCUGGAUACAGAGCCACAACACCUGAACCUCAUCCGGUACCGACUAUCGGUUCCUGCCAGCCUCCGAGUUCCCCGGGAAGAUGAUCCGAGCAUCACGGCCACGCGCGGAAAGUGAGCAGCAGCCGCGUGACGCUAAACCUCCGUCCGGCGGGAUUAUCCCGCGAAGCCGAUAGACUAAUGAGCGCCGCCGUGUCGGUAAAGGCUCGAGCGCGGAGGAUUUGAGCAGAUUACCCCCCCCCCCCCCCCCCCCCACGACCGACCUGAUCCCCAGGCUUUUCCCGCCGCCUGCCCGUCACAUGAGAGACGCGGAGGGGGGCUGCCGCUCCCGCGCGGGGGAUGCUCUGAUGUCCCACCCUGGGUGUCCGGGACGCGGGCGCGCCUCGCGGCUGUAGGGGACGUUCCCGCGGAGCGACCCGGCUGAAGCAGAGCCGUCUCCCCGUGUCCGUCCGGAGGAUGCUCCCGCCAGGAUGCUGCGCGUCCCCGUGAAGAAGAUCCGGAAGCAGUUCAAGCUGCUGCUGCUGCUGGUGCUGCUGACGUCCGCCGUGUGGUUCACGUACCUGCACAUCCACCAGGGCCGGAGCCUCAGGCUGCCGUUCAGCUACGGGAAAGAUGGAGAUCGACAGACUGACGGGACAGACACCAGCCGAAAGAGGGACGUUCGCUCCUCAGCGGGACACCCCAAGAGCGAGGAUGCCAGUGACAGCCGGGAGGACGAGGCAGCAGAUGACGAUUCGAUCGCUGCAGGAUCUGAAGGUCGAGACCACGCCUACAUCCGCAAAUUCCUGAGUCAGCAGAACAAGAAAACGACCUGGAAGGCAGAGUUUAAGGGCCAGGCCAACCUUCACGUGUUUGAGGACUGGUGCGGCUCCUCUGUAGGACAGCUCAGGAAGAACCUGCACUUCCCUCUGUUUCCUCAUACCAGAACCACGGUGAAGAAACUGGCCGUGGCUCCGAGGUGGAAGAACUACGGUCUGAGGAUAUUUGGCUUCCUCCAUCCUUACAAAGACGGUGACUUCCAGUUCUCCGUAUCGUCUGAUGACAACUCCGAGUUCUGGCUGAGUCUGGAUGAGAGUCCUCUCAACGCGCGGCUGCUGGUUUAUGUCGGACAGCUUGGCACCGAGUGGACAGCUCCAGGAGAGUUCAACAAGUUCAGGUCCCAGUCCUCCAAGUCCGUUCACCUGAUCUCAUCCAGAAGAUACUACUUUGAGAUCCUUCACAAGCAGGAUGACAAGGGCUCCGACCACGUGGAGGUUGGGUGGCGUCCGUUCCUCCCUGGCCUUAAAUAUGAAGUGAUAGACUCCGCCUACAUCUCCCUGUAUGCAGAUGAGUCCAGCCUGAAGAUGAACAGUGUGGAGCACAUCCCCCAGACCAUGGCCAGCCACGCCCGCCUCCCUGAGGACGGCGGCGCCAGGACGCCGCACGGAGCCGACAUGCUGAAGCCGGAUCCCAGAGACAGCUUCCACAGCCUCCCCAUGAUCGAUCGCUCCCGGCUGGACAACGUUCUUCCGUCCUGCAUCUACUCCCCAACCUACGUGGUCAAAGAUUUCCCUAUCGCCAGAUACCAGGGGCUGCAGUUUGUCUACCUGUCGUUUGUUUACCCAAACGACUUCACGCGUCUGACGCACAUGGAGCGAGAGAACAAGUGCUUCUACCGAGAGUCGCCCAUCUACUUGGAGAAGUUUGGUUUCUACAAAUACAUGAAGAUGGAUGAAGAAGAGGAUGACAGGCUGUUCUUCUUCCCCAACCCAGACGACUUGGCGGAGGAGGAGGCGGUCGACACCGAGGAUGAGGCGGAGAUCGUCGGCACUCAGUCACCUAAGGGACACGCCCAUUCACCUUCUAGCUCCUCCCACCAGCAAUCCAAGAAUGUGGCUCUACCAACAGGAGUAGAGGAGGAGGAGGAAGACCCCCGUGAAGCAGACAAAGACACCAUUGGGAAUGUCACCCCCCUCAGAGGAAGAAGGCAGUUCCCAGGGGGGCCCACAGUGGUAGGGGAGGGGUCAGACCCGGGUGUAAAACGUAACACGGACGCCUCGUUUAAAGCUCGCUCUUUGUCCUGGAUCGACCCCCCCGCCACGAUCCGUAAAGAUCGGCAGACGGACGCCGAGACGCCGAAGUUAAGCAAGUCCUCACUUCUUUACCCCCCCAAGCCGCCUCUCGCUGCCGUCACCAGGCAGAUUUCCAGUAACUCUGUCCGUCAGAAGCCCCCCCAGAGUUAUUACCCCGCCCCCUCCAGGAACAGAAAAGAGAAGAGAGAUGAGAACAAGACUUACAUCACCAGACCCCGAUCUGCCAAGGGGCGGGGCAUAGAGGGGGGGCUAUGGCAUGACGGGCAGGGGGGCCAAGCGUCCCGCCGCCCUCGGGAGGUCUUUCCAGGAGUCUUUCUGUACCAGAUGGGUAGGACCACCAGGCUGGUCCAUCUGGGGGCCAAAGGACCUGUGGGUCUUGGUGUGACGGGGAUUCGGCGUCUCAUUGGUGGCCCCCCACUCUGGCCGAACCCCCCAGUAAAGGAAGGUAGAGCACGGCAUCAUGGUCCGAGCAAGGAGAGGCGGGACAGCAGGACCGAUCCACCUGAAAAAGACCCCCUCCCAAACUUACAGUCCCACCACAGAGAAUCCGCCCCUGCUUUAGCCCCCUCACAGAGAACAGACACCACGAGAAGAGCCCCCGCCCACCAGGAACGGGUCACUUCUUACCUCAGAACCUCAGAAAUUACAGAACGGCAUCCAGACCCGGAAAGGAACCGCUCCAUUCCCAACCCGGACCCAGAGCCGGAACCAGACCCAGAGGAGGGCGACCUGUCCGACUACAGCUACGAGGAGGUGGGGGCCCGUCCGGGUUGGGCGGAGGAGAGCAUCAACUGGCAGAGGACGUUCUCCGUCAAUCCCAACGACUUUGAGACGCUGCGCUCCGACUGGAACGAUCUGCGCUGCAACGUUUCCGGGAACCUGCAGCUGGCAGAGAGCGAGGUGGUGGACGUCCUGGCCCAGUUCAUGGAGAAACUCAACGAGCGCAAUGGGGGGAUCUACACUCUGCUGCGGAUCGUCAACGUGGAGAAGCGGCGGGACUCCGCCCGGGGGAACCGCUACCUGGUGGAGCUGGAGCUGAUGGAGCGGGGCCGCAGCGUCGUGCGCCUGUCAGAGUACAUCUACCUGCUGCUCCACCGCAGCAAGCACGGCGAGGAAAGCCGAGAAAACACAGACUCCGCCCUGACUUCGCCCCUCACCCUUACCACCCCUCCCUCGCACACCCCCAGCAGCUCCUCCGCCCGAGCUGCGGCGUCGCCGGCGAGCACCGCCUAUGCCAAGCCUCUGCUCUGCCAGCCGCUGGCGCUGCGGUGGCGGAGGGACGUGAUGGUGCACUUCGUGGUGCCCGUGAAGAACCAGGCCCGCUGGGUGCAGCAGUUCAUCUCAGACAUGGAGGAGCUCCACAGGCAGACGCAGGACGACAACUUCAGCAUCAUCAUCGUCGACUUCGAGAGCGAGGACAUGGACGUGGAGAAGGCGCUGCGCCAGAGCGGCGUGCCCAGGUACGAGUACCUCAGACGGGGGGGGAACUUCGAGCGGUCGGCGGGCCUGCAGAUCGGCGUGGACACCAUCGAGGACAGCCACAGCAUCGUGUUUCUGUGUGACCUGCACAUCCACUUCCCACCCAACAUCCUGGAGAGCAUCAGGAAGCACUGCGUGGAGGGGCGCCUGGCGUUUGCCCCCAUCGUGAUGAGACUCAGCUGUGGCAGCUCGCCGUUGGAGCCUGAUGGUUACUGGGAGGUGAACGGCUUCGGCCUCUUUGGCAUCUACAAAUCCGACUUCGACAAGGUGGGAGGGAUGAACACGGAGGAGUUUAAGGACCGCUGGGGGGGGGAGGACUGGGAGCUGCUGGACAGGGUCAUGCAGAACGGUCUAGAGGUGGAGCGACUGCGCCUGAGGAACUUCUUUCACUACUACCACUCCAAACGAGGGAUGUGGAACGCUCAGAACAAGAAACCGCUUCAAGGACUGCGCUCUCUGCCGCUAGGAGGGUCCUAAGACCUCUUUCAGACCCGCCUGUGGGAGCGUGCUCACUGCCUGAACUGCCUUCUGGACACAGGACUCUGGGAUCCAUCAAGCCUGGAUGGCUGUUGGUCUGUGGGAGGAGCUAAAUCCCAAACUGGACCCUAGGUUUAAGCAGACGGACUGAAGUCCGGACUUCACCCGAUGACUGAACUGUUCCGAGGAUCCUGACGGUCCGUCUCCAGUUUCUCUUUUCAGCCAAACUUUUUCAGACAAAAUGGAAAGCAGCUGUGUGAGUGAGUGUGUGUGUUACUCUGUGUGAGUGAGUGUAUGUGUUACUCUGUGUGAGUGAGUGUAUGUGUUACUCUGUGUGAGUGAGUGUGUGUGU